GACCCGCAGCCCCUCGCCAUGAGCAGCCUGGCCGCGGUGCGCGCGGGCUACGAGGGCUUCGACCCCCGCGCCUACCUGCAGAACAACUACGUGCCGCCGCGCGCCGACUUCUCCUCGGAGGCGAGCGUGGUGCCCUGGAAGCUGCGGUGCCUGGCCGAGACCUUCGCCGGCGGUGAGAUCCGCGGGCGGACGCUCAUCGACGUGGGCUCGGGCCCCACCAUCUACCAGCUGCUCAGCGCCUGCGACCACUUCGAGGAGAUCGUGGCCACCGACUACCUGGCGGUGAACCGGGAGGAGCUGCGGCGCUGGGCGCGGGGCGAGCCCGGCACCUUCGACUGGAGCCCCUUCAUCCGGCACGUCUGCAAGAUCGAGGGCCGAGGGGAGCACUGGCAGGACAAGGAGCGGCGGCUGCGGGGGCGGCUCCGCCGGAUCCUGCCCAUCGACGUGCACCAGCCGGACCCGCUGGGCGCCCCGCUGCGCCCGCCGGCCGACGCGCUGCUCUCCGCCUUCUGCCUGGAGGCCGUGAGCCCCGAUCGGGCCAGCUUCGCCCGGGCGCUGGCCCACGUGGGCUCGCUGCUGCGCCCGGGCGGCCACGCGCUGCUGCUGGGCGCCCUCGGCGAGUCCUUCUACCUGGCGGGCGCCGCGCGCCUGCCCGUGGUGCCGCUGGCCGAGGACGACGUCCGCGGCGCCCUGGCCGGGGCCGGCUUCGCCCUCCGCGAUUUCCGCUCCUACCUCAUGCCGCCCGCCCUCAAGACCGGCGUGGACGACGUGGCCGGCGUCUUCUUCGCCCACGCGCAGAAGCCGCCGGAGGCCUGAGCCCCCCCCGGCCUGUCCCUGAGCCCCCGGCCAGCCCCGAUGGCGCCCUGCCAAAGCUGGAUUUCGGAAAGCUGCUCCUGAGCCCCCCCCACCCCAUCCCCAGUGCCCCCCACGCUGCCCCCCAAUAAACCUUGAGCUGCA